UGGGAGCACUGGCGGGCAGGAGAGGCCCGGCGGUCGGUCCUCGCGCUCGGAGGACAGAUGUGCCCAGGCGUGGUCGGGGCGUGCAGGCCUGAGUUCGGGUGAAGUUCUCGAAGAGGGCAGGACGGCGGCGAGGAGAUGCAGAGCUGCGCCUGACCCGCCAGCUGCUGCCGGAGCUCUGCGCGCUGGCGCUGCGCGCGCUGCUCUACCUGGCGCCCGUCUACCUGGCCGGCUACCUGGGGCUCAGCGUGCUCUGGCUGCUGCUCGGCCUGCUGCUGUGGACGUGGUGGCGCCGGAACCGCCGCGGGAAGCUCGCGCGCCUGGAGGCCGCCUUUGAGUUCCUGAGCAACGAGCGCCAGUUCAUCAGCCGCGAGCUGCGGGGCCAGCACCUGCCGGCCUGGAUCCACUUUCCGGACAUGGAGCGAGUCGAGUGGGCCAACAAGAUCAUUGCCCAGAUUUGGCCCUACCUGACCAUGAUCAUGGAGAACAAGGUUCGGGAGAAGCUGGAGCCCAAGAUCCGGGAGAAGAGCACGUACCUGAGGACUUUCGCCUUCACCAAGCUCUGCUUUGGACAGAAGUGUCCCCGGGUGACCGGAGUCAAGGCACACACUAACAAAAGCAACCCGAGACAGGUGACCCUGGACCUACAGAUCUGCUACAUCGGAGACUGUGAGAUCAGUGUGGAGCUGCAGAAGAUACACGCUGGUGUGAAUGGCAUCCAGUUGCAGGGCACCCUGCGGAUCAUCCUGGAGCCCCUGCUGGUGGACAAGCCCUUUGUGGGGGCCGUGACCGUAUUCUUCCUUCAAAAGCCACACCUGCAGAUCAACUGGACAGGCCUGACCAACCUGCUGGAUGCACCCGGAAUCAAUGAGGUAUCAGACGGCCUGCUGGAGGACCUCAUAGCUGCCCACCUGGUGCUGCCCAAUCGCUUGACCGUACCUGUGAAGAAGGGCCUGGACGUGACCAACCUGCGCUUCCCUCUGCCCUGUGGGGUGAUCAGAGUGCACCUGCUGGAGGCCGAGAAGCUGGCCCAGAAGGACAACUUCCUGGGACUCGGAUGCAAGUCAGACCCCUACGCCAAGGUGAGCAUCGGCUUGCAGCAUUUCCGGAGCAGGACCAUCUACAAGAAUCUGAAUCCCACGUGGAAUGAGGUGUUUGAGUUCAUGGUGUACGAAGUCCCUGGUCAGGACCUGGAGGUGGACCUGUAUGAUGAGGAUACCGACAAGGAUGACUUCCUGGGGAGCCUGCAGAUCUGCCUCGGCGAUGUUAUGACGAGCAGAGUGGUGGAUGAGUGGUUUGUCCUCAAUGACACAACCAGCGGACGGCUGCACCUGCGGCUGGAGUGGCUUUCACUGCUCGCUGACCAGGAGGCGCUGACGGAGGACCAUGGUGGCCUUUCUACUGCCAUCCUGGUGGUCUUCCUGGAGAAUGCCUGCAACCUGCCGAGAAGCCCCUUUGACUACUUGAAUGGUGAAUAUCGAGCCAAAAAACUCUCCAGAUUUGCCAAGAAUAAGGGCAGCAGAGACCCUUCUUCCUAUGUGAAGUUAUCUGUCGGCAAGAAGACGUACACGAGUAAGACCUGUCCCCGCAGCAAGGACCCUGUGUGGAGCCAGGUGUUCUCCUUUUUCGUGCACAACGUGGCAGCUGAGCAGCUCCAUCUGAAGGUGCUGGAUGACGACCUGGAGUGUGCGCUGGGAGUGCUGGAGCUCCCCCUGUGCCAGAUCCUGCCCAGCGCAGACCUCACGCUGGAGCAGCGCUUCCAGCUGGACCACUCGGGCCUGGACAGCCUCAUCUCCAUGAGGCUGGUGCUGCGGUUUCUGCGCGUAGAGGAACGAGAGCUGGGCAGCCCGUACACGGGACCGGAAGCGCAGAAGAAAGGCCCUUUGUUUAUCAAGAAGGUGGCCACCGACCACGGUCCCCAAGCCCCGCCCCAGGGAGAAGGCCCUGCAGACUUGCUGUGUCCUCCAGAGCCUGCUUCUGAUGCCAUGGAUGCCUCCAGGAGUGCCCUAGACACCACCGCUGCUGCCAACCCUGUGACCCCAGAGACAGCCCCAGAGCCCAAAGGCAAGGACAGUGCCAAAGGGUUCUGUGAGCCCACGGGGAAGAAGAGGAGCUCAGCCACCAUCUUCCUGACUGUCCCAGGCCCCCAUUCUCCAGGGCCCAUCAAGUCACCCAGACCCAUCAGGGCCCCUGCAUCCCCGUUUGCAUGGCCGCCCAAGGGUCUGGGUCCCAGCAUGUCCUCGCUCAACUCCCUGGCCUCCUCCUGCUUUGACCUGACAGAUACCACCUUCAACACUGAAGUUGGCAACGGCAGACAGCGAGGGCUUGGUGAGAUCCAGCUCACAGUGCGCUACGUGUGUCUGUGGCGCUGCCUCAGGGUGCUGGUCAAUGGCUGCAGAAACCUGACACCAUGUAGCAGCAGCGGAGCUGAUCCCUACGUCCGCGUCUACUUGUUGCCAGAAAGGAGGUGGGCAAGUCGUAAGAAGACCUCGGUGAAGCGCAAGACCUUGGAGCCGCUGUUUGAUGAGACAUUUGAAUUUUUUGUUCCCAUGGAAGAAGUAAUGAAGAGGUCACUAGAUGUUGCGGUCAAAAAUAGCAGGCCACUCGGCUCACACAGACGGAAGGAGUUAGGGAAAGUACUGAUUGAUUUAUCAAAAGAAGACCUGAUUAAAGGCUUUUCACAGUGGUAUGAGCUGACUCCCGACGGACAGCCCAGAAGCUGACGAGUACCAUUACCACCCGUGUGUUAGAAUGUGUACAUAUGUACAGUUAUUUAAAUAAGUCAUCUGAUGAAAAAUAUAGAUCUAUAUUAUAAAAUUUAACUGUAUGACUGGAUAGGAAGAGGUAAGAGUUGUAUAAAGACAAGAACUACUUCAUUUUGGUUAGAUUUGUUCAAAUCCAGAAGGAAAUGGGGUAUUUUUUUAUAAGUCAUCAACACUUCAGUGAUGGUGUGUUUACUUUGGUAGGUAAUUAUACACAUUUGAUUUAGGACUUGAGUGAAUGUGUGCACAGAAAGGGUCCUGACCUUGACAUAGGGCCGAGAGAUCUGUUUCUGGAGCAGCUAACAGCUACCCCUGGGCAGUUACUGACCACGGGAUGGCACUUCUGUGGAAAUACUGACCCAACCCCACCCAGCCAACAGCUAGCACUGCCACAGCCCUUCUGGCUGCCUUCUGUGAUAUCUGUGGUUGGAGAUUUAUUCCUGCCUCUGAUUUGGAGCUAAAAUGCAUCUUCCUAAUGACAGCCAUGGAAUAAUUACAUACUAAAUGCUCUGGGUAUAAUUCCACGUGCUGGGGGAUGGCCCUAGGCUAUCCACUGUCAUAGGAACAUUCAAGCCAAGUGCUAAACUCAGGUCUGAUCUGAACUUAGCGCAGAGCUUCGGAGACUCCAGGGAGUUUCACUACAAGCUUGGGAAUUCUGUCCCACUUUUCCAGGAGAUAGCCGGUUCACUUAAAUAAUGUUAAAAGUGUACUCUGUUAGUUGUAUAUGGAAAGUGCCUCUUACGCAUUUCAAACUUGAAAGACCAAAUGACUUCUUCUCUGAUGUUCUUAUCGCUACUGUAAAGGUCAUGUCCUCUGCUCUUAGCACUCAGACAACACUCCCAUCAUAAGUUUUUUGUUGUUGUUGGUUUUUUUUUUGUUUUUGAGACAGGCUUUCACUAUGCGGUUGAGGCUGUCUUUGAACUCACAGCAAUCUUCCUGUCUCAGCCUCCUGAACGUUGGGGUUACAGGUGGGUGCCGCCACACCCCACCAGUCAUACGUUUGUCCCCACCACUGCCAUUUUCUAGUGAACAGCAACAUUCCAAACAUUCUUGUUAUUUCUCACAAAUUUUCUGUGAAGAUCGAAGUCCACUCCUUUGUUUACCUCUGAGAUAACCUGAGAUAAUCUGGUCUCAGGUUGCUGCUGCUUUAUUCAUUACCUUCAUUCAGCCAGCCCACAAUGAAACGGCCUGUUCACCUCCUAUAUAGCAUUUUUCAUUUUAACAAUUCUUACAACAGUGAAACUUGAAAAAUGUUUACCAGGUAUCAGCUAAGGUCACAUGCUAAGCUCUGUUAUGUAUGUCUGGUAUUUAUGUUUCAGUUUACAUGUCAACUGAACUAUCUGCUACUUGAGUUGUUUUUCACCCUUGCCAUCCAAACCUGUGCUAUUUUGAACCAAUUCUCAUAAUAAACUAUGUCAAAUGAUA